UUUCCAUAAAAGAAAGAGUAAAACCCUAAACCCUCUUUCAUCUGCCUCUCAUUCUCGCGCCCUCCACUUUGUUAUUUUCCUCCUUCCUAUCAGCAACUCAAUCUCGUUGCCACCGCCAUCGGUCACGGCAGCUUCAACGGUGCUCUCUAAAUUCGGUUGAAGCUGGGAAGAAGGGAGAGUUGCUUUUGGAAUUCGUUAUCCGGCUUAAAUUAUAGAUAUUUGGCAACUUUAUCAGUUAUAUUUGUGAAUAAGCUACAUCCUUACUAAUUAUAUCUUUACUUUAUUACAGAUUUUUGAGUUAGGAGAUAUUUUGUUUCCAAUGGCAAUUGAUGGGAGUUUUAAGCUUGAAUUUGCACUGGAAAGAUUCCUUUCCCGUUGCCCAGCUCUUACACACCACUCUCCGUUUGACACGCUUAUUAAAAAGGGAUAUGCAGUGACUGAAGAGGAAGUCUUGAGUAUUACGGCAGAGCUGUUUCUGAAUCCAAAUUAUUCUAUAUGUUUAUUAGGCUGUUUCUGUCCAUUAGCUCAAAAGAUCGUGGACAGAGUGAUAGGACUGUUAAGACUCGUUCCCAAUUUGAGAUCAAACUCAGAUAUCACAGACUCUGAAAUUCACGAAGAGGAGCUGGAUGGAGUAGUCAAUAUAAUUUCGUUUUAUGACCACAGAGGGAGGGGGAUUGAUCUUCAUGAGCUUGCUUGUCUGGCAUUCUGCCGUGCCCUUGAUUUGGCCCCCUUCUUAUUAGGGACUAUUUUAAAUUAUUUCAAGUUUGCUCCAUGCCCUUUUCACCGCAUUUUGGUCAAAGGAACAAGUUCUGAGGUUUAUAACAAGGGUGGACUCCUUGCUGUUCGGUUGUCUUACCGCUUCCUACUGGUGGAGCCUGAAACAUUCACCAAACUUUGGGAUUGGUCGUGUUUCUUGGACUUAAUGAAGCUGCUAUCAAACAUUGACCAGGACCAUGCAGGACUUUUACUUUUACCCGACAUAAGAUGGUGCGGGAUACAAAUACUAUCAAUAUUGCUUAAAUUGGGUUAUGAAGCAACCAUAAGUUUGUUGUCCGGGUCUGAAGAAACACUACCUUGCUUACUGCGAUGGGAAGAAUUUUGUCAGGAUGUAUCCUUGGAGAAAGCUGGCUCCUAUGUUGAGUUAUUUGUGAAGGAAUGGUAUUCUCAAGGUGUAAACGCUGAUUUUGACUCAGAAAACUGUUUGCUUGCCAAUUCUAGCUUCUGUGGUCCUGCCAUUCUUUUGAAUCACGAUGAGAUUGAACGACCAAAGAGAAGUCAACGACUUGCUACAUGGGGCAGUCCAAAGGCUGAAAAUUCAUUUGUAAUGACAUCAUCUAUAAAGAAAGGUUAUGAGAUGGUUAUGUUGGCAUUGAGUCAAAAGUGGCCAGUUCUUUUGUAUGGCCCCCCUGGAGCUGGGAAAUCUGCUCUCAUACAUAAGAUAGCCAGUGAUAGCCAUAACCAAGUUCUCUUUAUCCACAUGGAUGACCAAAUUGACGGUAAGAUGUUGAUUGGAAGUUACAUUUGUGCUGAACGUCCUGGUGAGUUCAGAUGGCAGCCUGGUUCACUUACACAGGCUGUUCAGAAUGGACUCUGGGUCGUUUUUGAGGAUGUAGACAAAGCGCCAUCUGAUGUGCAGUCAAUUUUAUUACCAUUACUAGAAGGUGGAAACACAUUUUCAACUGGGCGUGGGGAGGAAGUCAGGGUGUCUGAAAAUUUUAGGCUUUUUGCUACCAUAUCGGCCUUUAGACUCGAUCAACUUCGCAAUAAAGAAGGUGGAAGUACAAUUGGUAUGCUUUGGAGGAAAGUGAUGAUUGGACCUCCAAACAAUGAGGACUUGCAGAGUAUAGUUAUAAUUCAGUAUCCCAUUCUUGAAUCUAUUGCUUCAAAAUUAGUUGAAACCUUGGAAAAGGUGAAUUCUUAUACCCAACAAUUCCUAGGAUUUCGCUGUGAAGAAUCUGCCUCUAUUAGUUAUCCUAACCGAUUCUCAUUGAGGGAUCUUCUUAAAUGGUGCAAACGCAUUGUAGGUUUAGGUUUUGGUUUUAUGGGUGAUGGUUUUUCAGCUUAUCAACGUCAGUCCAUAUAUCAGGAGGCAGUUGAUAUAUUUGCUGCUUUCUCAACUUCGCCGGAGAACCGGUUGACUAUUAUGAAGGAAAUAGCAAAAUUAUGGUUAGGAGAUGCUUCAGUACCUGGGACACUGUACCCUCAACAUAAACCUGCAAUUCAGGAUUCAAUCACGAAUUUAAGAGUUGGCCGAGUUGAUAUUCAACGAGUUCAACCAACUUUGAAACAUAAAAUACAGCCUUUUGUUGAGAUUCGUAGUUCUUUGCACAUGCUUGAGAGAAUAGCUUGCUCUAUUAAGUAUAAUGAGCCUGUCCUCCUGGUUGGUGAAACUGGUACUGGGAAGACUACGCUUGUGCAGAGCUUGGCAAGAAGGAUUGGUCAUAAUUUUACUGUCUUGAAUUUGAGCCAGCAAAGUGACGUUGCAGAUUUGUUAGGUGGUUUUAAACCUAUUGAUGCACAGUUUAUAUGUUUUUCCCUUUACAAGGAGUUUGAGGAUCUCUUUUCAAAGACAUUCUCUCUUAAGGUCAAUGGGGAAUUUUUAGCUCAUUUGCAGAAGCAUUUUGGAGAUAAGAAUUGGAAAAUGCUACUAGCUGGGUUUGAGAAAGGUGUUAAAUUUUUCAAGAAGUCAGUUGAAGCGGGGCGAGCUAGUUCUGAUAAAAAACGGAAGAAGCCAUUUGUUGAAGAUUCGAUUAAAGGUUGGGAAGAUUUUUCUGUGAAGCUUGAUGCUGCGAAUGUGCAGAUUGAUGCGUCAUCUGGAAUGGUUUUUUCAUUUGUUGAAGGAGCUUUUGUUACUGCACUUAGAAAUGGAGAAUGGAUUUUACUCGAUGAGAUUAAUUUGGCUCCGCCUGAGACUUUGCAGAGAGUUAUUGGAGUCCUUGAAGGAGAUACUGGCUCACUCUGUUUGGCUGAAAGAGGUGACAUCACCUACAUAUCCCGACAUCCAAAUUUUCGGAUAUUUGCCUGUAUGAAUCCUGCAACCGAUGCCGGAAAGCGUGAUUUGCCUGUCUCUCUUAGGAGUAGAUUUACAGAAUUUUUUGUGGAUGAUGUGCUAGAUGAUGAAGAUUUGGCUUUAUUCAUUAAUCAAUUCAUGGAUGACAGCCAAGCUAACCGGGAACUAGUAAAUCGAAUUGUAUAUUUCUAUAAAGCAGUAAAAAAGGGUUCUGAAGAAAGGCUACAAGAUGGUGCUAAUCAAAAGCCACAAUAUAGUUUAAGGUCACUUUACCGUGCUCUGGAAUACACUCGAAAAGCUGAAAGACGUUUUGGCUUUCUCAGAGCACUAUAUGAUGGUUUUUGUAUGUUUUUCUUGACCAUGUUGGAUCAUCCAAGUUCACAGAUAGUGCACCAGUUGAUUUUAUCACAUUUGUUGGGGGGGAAAUUACCUCCUUACAUAUCAUUUGAUGCGUACUUAUCUCCAAAAAAGGACAUCCAUCCAGAUCUUUCUGAGAAUUAUGUAUUGACUAAGAGUGUCAAGGAGCAUCUUAGGAACUUGGCACGUGCUGUGUUGAUUAAACGAUAUCCUGUCCUCCUACAAGGACCCACAUCGAGUGGGAAAACUAGUCUAGUUAAGUACCUUGCUGCACUUACAGGUCAUGAAUUUGUAAGGAUCAAUAAUCAUGAACACACGGAUCUGCAGGAAUAUCUAGGCACUUACCUAACUGAUUCUUCUGGCAAUCUUGUGUUUCAAGAAGGCAUGCUAGUUAAGGCUGUAAGGAAUGGCUACUGGAUAGUCCUUGAUGAACUUAACUUGGCUCCAUCUGAUGUUCUUGAAGCAUUGAAUCGGCUACUUGAUGACAAUAGGGAACUUUUUGUUCCUGAACUCAGGGAAACUGUACAGGCACAUCCAGAUUUUAUGCUCUUUGCAACCCAAAACCCUCCAACUCUCUAUGGUGGUCGUAAAAUGCUUUCUCGAGCUUUUCGCAAUCGUUUCGUGGAGAUCCAUGUGGAUGAAAUACCGGAAGACGAGUUGAGCACAAUAGUUGAGAAAAGGUGUGAAAUCCCCCAAAACUAUGCUAAAAAAAUGGUAGAUGUGAUGAAAGAAUUGCAGUUAUUCAGGCAAAGUAGUAAAGUAUUUUCUGGAAAGCAUGGGUUUAUAACACCACGAGAUUUGUUUCGUUGGGCAUAUCGUUUUAAGGAAUUUGGAUGUUCGUAUGAAGAUUUAGCUAGAGAUGGUUAUUAUCUUUUAGCAGAGAGAUUACGCGAUCUGGAUGAGAAAUCUGUAGUACGAGAUGUUCUGGAGAGAAAUCUCCGAGUUAAACUUGCGAUUGAGGACUUGUAUAAGCAGGACCCUAAUGGAGGGGAGUUUUCAUAUAGAAUGAGUGAUGGUGCGGUAAUUUCAAGGAUUCUUCCAAAUAUUACCUUGACCAAGAGUAUGCAAAGAUUAUGGUUUCUUGUGGAAAGAUGCUAUAAAAAUGGCAGAAACCGUGAACCUGCUCUCUUGGUUGGUGAAACUGGGGGUGGAAAGACGACCAUUUGUCAACUUUUGAGUGCUCACAUGAAGAAGAAAUUACACAUUUUGAAUUGCCAUCAAUACACGGAGACAUCAGACUUCAUUGGGGGCUUUUACCCUAAUCGAGAGAGAUCAAAGCUUACAUCACAGUAUGAAAAAGAAGUUCACGAGUUGAUAUCGAAGAUAUCCGAGUAUGAUCUUGGGAUUUCCAUUUCUUCUGAUAUAGGUCAAACGUCUUUAACCCUUGAUUCGUUGGACCGGAUCAUGAAAAUUCUUAGAGAAGGCAGGGAGAACUGUCAAAGGCUAUGCGUAGAGGAGCUUGAGCAUAUAAAAAAAAAGCUUGCAGAGUUGCAUAAACAGUGGCAGACAAUUUUCACCUGGCAGGAUGGGCCACUGGUGCAGGCAAUGAGAGAUGGUGAUAUGUUUCUUAUAGAUGAAAUUUCUCUUGCUGAUGAUAGUGUGCUUGAAAGAAUUAACAGCGUGUUGGAACCAGAAAGAAAGCUGGCUUUGGCUGAGAAAGGAGGAGAAUUUCUGGAAACGGUGACUGCUCACCCUGAAUUCUGCCUCUUUGCAACAAUGAAUCCUGGUGGUGAUUAUGGGAAGAAGGAACUAUCUCCUGCCCUUCGUAAUAGGUUUACGGAGAUAUGGGUUCCUCCUGUUGGGGAGCUUGAUGAGCUCAGAAGUAUUGCGCUGACGAGGAUUUCCAACCCUGGAGGUAAGCAUCUGGUGGAUCUAAUGUUAAAUUUUUGGGAGUGGUUUAAUCACCUUCGGUCAGGGAGAAUGAUCACAGUGAGAGAUCUACUCUCUUGGGUUUCCUUUAUUGACUCAACCUCGAGGAAUCUAGGGCCUGAAUAUGCAUUCCUUCAUGGAGCGUUCCUUAUUCUGCUAGAUGGUUUAAGUUUAGGGACUGGUAUGUCAAAAAGAGAUGCUGAAGAAUUGCGGAAAAGAUGCUUUACAUUUCUUUUGGAGAAACUAAAGUUGGAUAACACUAUGCUUGAAUGCUCAAAAUUUGCGAGACUUCAAAGUUAUGGCUGGGGAGAGCUUAGAACAGCUACAGAUCUUUCAAACACUGAUUAUAUGCAAGACAGCAACCUCUUUGGUAUUGAUCCAUUCUUUAUUGAGAAAGGCUGUCUGCCUUGUGACACUGGUAAAUAUGAGUUCUUGGCACCAACAACGUACAAAAAUGCAUUAAGGGUACUGCGGGCUAUGCAGCUUUCAAAGCCUGUUUUACUAGAGGGUAGUCCAGGUGUUGGAAAAACAAGUUUGAUUGUGGCCUUGGGACAAUUUUCUGGACAUAGGGUUGUACGCAUAAAUUUGUCUGAGCAGACUGAUAUGAUGGAUUUGCUGGGGUCUGACUUACCAGUGGAAAGUGAUGAGGGAAUAAAAUUUGCAUGGUCUGAUGGAAUCUUGUUGCAGGCUCUGAAGGAAGGCUGUUGGGUUCUGCUAGAUGAACUGAAUCUUGCUCCACAAUCUGUUUUAGAGGGAUUGAAUGCCAUAUUAGACCAUCGAGCUGAGGUGUUCAUACCUGAGUUGGCACUUACGUUUAAAUGUCCACCAUCCUUUAGAGUUUUUGCAUGUCAGAAUCCUACGUAUCAAGGAGGUGGAAGGAAAGGUCUUCCUAAGUCAUUCCUCAAUCGGUUUACUAAGGUUUAUUUGGAUGAGUUGGUUGAAGAUGACUACCUCUUCAUUUGUAGCUCACUUUAUGAAUCAAUCCCUAAGCCUUUGCUAUCAAAAUUGAUAUUGUUUAAUAAAAAGUUGCAUGAGGAAGUUAUGCUGCAUAAAAAAUUUGCUCAGGAUGGGUCACCUUGGGAAUUUAAUCUUCGGGAUGUUCUUCGAUCUUGUCAGAUUAUUGAAGGUGCACCCGAAAGAUUAAGAAAUUACUGCUUCCUCAACAUUGUCUAUGUUCAGCGGAUGCGAACAGCUGGUGAUCGCAGGGCAGUACUGCAGCUUUAUGAGCAAGUAUUUGGUGCAAAAUAUUUUAUAAAUCCCUAUCCACGAGUUCAACUUAAUUCUCGGUUUUUAAUUGUGGGGAAUAUUGCCAUUGAAAGGAAUAGCAUUCAAGCAUGUAACGUAGCAAGUAGCCAGCUUAAGAUUUUGCCAGGAAUUCGUCAAAGCUUAGAAGCUGUUGCACAUUGCAUUCAACAUCAGUGGAUGUGCAUUUUGGUUGGCCCAUCUUCAUCUGGCAAAACAUCUCUCAUUAGGUUGCUUGCUCAGCUCACAGGCAAUGUACUAAAUGAGUUGAAUCUUUCGUCCACAACUGACAUAUCAGAAUUGCUUGGGUGCUUUGAGCAGUAUGAUGCCAUUCGGAAUUUCCAUCAUGUUAUUGAUCAAGUUGGCUAUUAUGUCAACAAAUAUUGUAGUGUGCAAAUAAGACAUUCUAUGAAACAGUUUGAUAGGGAUGGAAACAGUAUAAUGACUAAAUGGCUAUCUUUUUCAUCAAAAAUUAGCUUCCAGUUGCCAACAAGUUCUGUUUGUGUGUAUGCAAAGAAUUGGAACAGAAUUGUGAAUUCUCUUGGUUUGCUAGUUGAUAUCAUUAAACAGCUUAUGUCAUACCUGCAAGAGGUGCCAGCCAACAAAGAACUUGAAAGUUGCUUGAAGACAGUUUUAAAGUUGGUAGAGAGUAAUCAGAGACAGCCAUUCUCAGCAAAGUUUGAAUGGGUGACCGGAAUACUAGUCAAAGCUAUUGAGCGCGGUGAAUGGAUCAUUCUUAAGAAUGCAAAUUCUUGUAACCCCACCGUACUUGAUAGAAUCAAUUCAUUGGUGGAGUCAUGUGGUUCAAUUACUAUCAAUGAAUGUGGGACCAUCGAUGGGGAACCAGUGGUCCUGCAUCCACAUGCUAAUUUUCGAAUAUUCCUUACCGUUAAUCCAAUUCAUGGUGAGGUUUCUCGUGCAAUGAGAAAUAGGGGAGUGGAAAUAUUCAUGUUACAGCCUCAUUGGCUGCAAGAUGAAGCUCAGUGUGGUAAAAAAGACAUACUGAAUGACACUCGGAGGUUUCUUGCUUUAUCUGGUAUUCCUGGUGCGAAAUUGGUUGAAUCUAUGGCAAAUUCACAUGUCUAUGCAAGGGAAGAAGGUUGUCACCUUAAUGUUCGCUUAACGCACAUUGAACUUGCACGCUGGGUGCAGUUGUUCCAGCAACUCAUCAUGAAUGGCUGUAAGCCAUGGUGGAGCCUUCAUGUCAGUUGGGAGCAUACCUAUCUUUCUUCUUUUGGUGAGUCCGAGGGGAUGCAUAUUGUCCAAAAUGCAAAACGUCUAUAUUUGUCUGAUGCUUGCCUCUCUGAAUCUGAUGCGUCAAUUGCAUCACUGUGUUUGCCUGGAGGAUGGCCAAGGCCUAUAACAUUGAUAGAUUAUGUCUGGCACUCAAAAGAAGCUUGUGUAAAGCAGAAUUGUAUGUAUGUGGAGUUUCUGGGAGCUCAAUGCGCAUUGCGUGAACUUGGAAUUGCUAAGGGUUAUUCUCUUGACUUUAACCUGUCUGCCGGUGGAUAUGCACAGAGAUAUUUAGUGGAUUGGAAGAAGUUACAUAAACUGUUGUUUUCGAAGGCUUCAAACAGUAUGUUAUUGUACUCUCAAGUCAAAAACGAAUUCAACUUGAAAUUAGAUAAUAACAAGUUAUUUUUUGCUGCCAACUGGGCUAUCGAGCAAGCUUCCGAAAUGGAUAUUGAGCUCUAUAUCAUCUGGUUUAGUUGGUUUAGCUCUAUAUUGCAGCCGUUCUGCCAAUUUUUCAAUUUUUAUUUGACGUCAAUCAAACAGGUUAUAGAGCAUCCAUUGUGGAAUUUUAUUUGUCACCUUCGCCGGAAGAUCAAGUCUCUUAUUGGAAUAGAUUUUGAUGUGCAUCCAAUUCCAAUUUUAUCAUCUGAGUUUGUUGCUAUGAUGGGUGAAGAUGACAAGAGUGAUGAAUUAAAUGCAUCAGAAGGCAUGUUAGAAUUGCCAAAAGAUGAACUUCAGUUGUCCUGCACAUCUUUACGUAAUGCUAUUAAGUGCAUUGGUCGUUUAAUGCUUACAUAUCAACAGUGGAACGCUGAAAGCAGGCAUGAGCUAAGCAGUGAAAUUCGAGGGUUCUUACCAGUUUUGAAAUCUCUGCGAGCACUAGAGCAGGAAAUCUUUUUUAAACUCAUAGAUCCAUCUUAUAAGCUUAUUGAGUCUACUUCUUUUGACAUGCUUAUCGAGUCUUACAGCACUCUUCUUGAUGAUCACAUAUUGCUCUGGGAUGGUCUUGUCUCUUUGAAUUUUGAGCUGCUACAAGUUUCUGGACGAUUUUUGAUAAAAGAUAUCCUCCGAUUCAGGGAUUUCUUUGCAGAUGCUGUUGAAGUCAUACUGAGGGAGACUAAGAAACUUGAAAAGACUUCAUGGUCCUUUCACUCAGAAAAGUCCUUACUAUGGAUUCAUGGUGGUCACCCAACCUUACCUUCUUCCGCUGAUCUGUAUCAUAAGCAACAGCAGCUUUGUAGGCUAUGUGAAUCUCUAUGGCAAAUAAAGCUAAAAUUACACGAUCGGGUCCCUGCUGUAGCAGGGAAGGAUCUUUUAAUUGAAGUUUUCACAUCAUCCAAUCCUGAGCUUCGCUGCCUUGCAAUGGAAGGCCUUUCCAUGUCUUCUUGUAUACUUGGUAAAUCUGAUGAAGAUGAUGUCGCUCAAAAUUUGCAGGACAUUUAUCAGAUGCUCUUGGUAAGGUUCAAACAUGAGAAAAACAACGCUAAGGCAAUUCUGGAAUCAAAGGACCGUCCUAUUCAGGAAGAAAUGACAUUUAUCUGUCGUCCUUCUGGCUAUGAUAUAUUUAAAAAGGCAGAUCCUAAUGUUUGGUUGGACACUCUUCCUAUAAAUGAUGGUACCAGUUUUUUCCUAGAUAUGUUGUUGCUGCAGGAGCUUUCAUCAAUUCUUUUGCUUGACCGGGGAAGCCUGAAGCAAGCACUAUGCGGCCUGUCCAACCUCAUGAAAGAGACUUUACAAUUUUCAUUGAAAUUCUCCUCAAGACCUCCCCAGACGUUUAUUGCUCAUCAAAAUAUGCUAUGGACACUGGAUGAGUGUGAUUCUAUGGAUACAGUGCGUGCAAAGGCAGCUGGUUUUUUUCUUGAGAUGUGGUUUAGAUGGCAUCAGUCUCUGUGGAUUCAUUGCCCUGAUUUUGUCAAGAACUUCACAAAGGCUGUUGAUUACAAAACUCCAGUUCCUCAUGUACUUGUUCAGCCUGUGAUUUCAGCAACAGUUUCACAGAUCUUGUGGCAUCCUACUGCUAUCAGAGACUUUUUUGCUAAGCGUUUGAAGAUACAAAUAGCAGCUUGUUAUCUUUGGCACAGACCACUAGGGGAAGUAGAUGCAUACUCUUCUCUUUUAUCAGCUGCUUGUAAUCUUUUCCAGCAGAUUAUUUACUCUCAUGAAAAGUCUUUUGAUGCGGACCUGUUUGUUGAGAUAAAGUCCCUUGGAUUAUUUUACAAUGACAAAACUACGGAAGAAAACAUCGGGUUGUUUUGCUCCCUUGUUGCGAAGUCAGGCCAACAAAGAUUGAAAAACUCUGUGCAUUUGUUCAUUGAACCGCUGCUUAAAGAUCUAUUUGCUCAUGAUGUGACAACAGAUCUGCAUCAUAAACUUGGUCGUGUGUGGUUAAGACUUGGAGGAUUGCGAUUGUAUCUGUUGCUCAGUUGCUCUCUUUUGGAUCCCACCAUCAAAUAUUAUUACAAAUAUUCACAAUUAAUGGAAAAGAAAUCUUCGCUUCAAGUUGAAACUGAGGUGAGGCAAGAGUGCGAACUUUUGGCAGGAUUGUUUUCCAUCAUGGGAGAAGCUGAUAAGGAAAGAAAACAGACCUUUGAAAAUCUUGAACUGGAGUGCUCUAAAUUGCAGAAAAAGGUUGUUUUCCGUGUGGAACCUGGGAAGUUUAAGAAGUUGAAACAUGAGUGUGAAGAGUUUUUUGAGUUUGUUGAUAUUUUGUUGACAAAUAUAGAAGCAACAGACUCACACCAAAUUGCUAGACUAUGCAACUGGGAGGAGGUGGCUACUUGCUUUAUUGAUCGAUUAUCGGAUGAAUACACUGGAUAUCUUGAUAUUAUUCAACCCAUUCAGCUUGCAGUUUAUGAAAUGAAAUUAGGCUUGUCCCUUGUCUUAUCAAGCUUGUAUUUUACUGGUGUAGUUGAGCCGUAUAAUGGGAAGCAAGUUAUGAAAUCAAUUUAUUCCUUUAUGAGAUUCCCACGAGGGCCUCCUUCCAAUCAGAUGUCUGUUGGUUUAAACAAUGGACUGGCUGGGUUUUCUUUCCACGAUCUUAGUGCUGAUACAGAUUGUUUCUACGCAAUGGACGUUGGUUUGCUGGAAAAGUUGGUUAUUAGUUCGAAAGAAACUGUAGAUAAUGAUGCGGCCUGCAUUAUGCAACUUAAAAGUUCUCUACAAUACAAUAUUUUGGUUCGUGCUUCACAUGUUGUUGCUGAUUCUGGUCUGAUGGAUACUUCAUCUUUUCUGCUAUUGGAUAAAAUUUUCAAUGGAUUUGCCAAUCUCUGGAUGAGUAUGAAAGUUCAGUUAACAACUAAAGAAGAUGUUAACUCUCAAUUAUACAAGUUUAAGCCCCGUAUGUUCAAGAUUGAAAAGGUUAUUGAAGCUGAUGUUGACAAAUCAUUAGACAACGAAAAUUCUUCGGAAAUGGAGUUACUCUCUGAAGAUGAGGCCACUGAGAUGAGUGAUACUAGCAAGCAAUAUGAUACUUCAGAAGAUGAAUGGGCGUCAAUAGAUGAGUCUAUGAUCGACCAGAUGAUUCACAUUCAUAAUCAGCUGUUCGGCUCUCCUGGUCUUGUUUUGGCUCCUGGAACUUUCAAAGUAUCUGAUGCAUCCCGGUUACAUUCUUUUUCUGGUUCAUAUAAUUUGGGUUUAGCAUUAAUUAAAGAUUUUGGUGGUUUGUUGCUGUCAAGUCUGGACGCCAAACUUGCACCAGAGCACUUAUUACGGCUUUGUUUGGAGCAUGAAGGAUACUGUGUUUUUCCUGAAAGAGUAGCUGGGAAAUAUAAUUUCUACAAGGAUCCAAAUCCUUCAAUGAUAGCAAACAUGGUGAAGUUACUUGAUCCUCUUCAUCAACGUGUUUCUUCACUUUUGCUUGAUCACGAAGAACAUCAUGUUCUUCAGAAGAUCUUGGAUAUAAUUGAAAUGCUUCAAAAAUUUUCUACGGACACCCCGGUAGCAAAGGCUUUAUCAGGUUUGCAACUCCUGGUUAACAAGGUGCAAACAUUACCUGAACAUGGGUCGAAGUUUUCUUCCUCUGAGCAACUGGAGACUAUACUUGAAUUAGUUUCAUCAUGGAAAAAGAUGGAGUUUGACUCAUGGCCAGCAUUGCUUGAUGAGGUGCAGGACCAGUACGAACUCAAUUGUGGAAAGUUAUGGUUUCCUCUUUUCUCAAUUCUACGGCAUCGGCAUUCUUACUCUACCAUCAGUAGUUUGGAGGAUUUCAUUCAUACAUCAAGUGUUGGGGAAUUCAGGAAACGCCUUGAACUUCUUUUCUCAUUUCUUGGACAAAUUAGAACUGGCUUCUGCGUUAAAGUUUCCAGUCCUCUUGAGAUGGAACUUGUGAAGGCCUUGUACAACUUAUUUGGAUAUUAUGUUCAAUUUUUACCAAUAAUAUUGGAGCAUAUAGAAGGUUGUCGGAAGAAAAUUGAAACAGAGUUGAAGGAAAUUCAGAAAUUAUGUCGUUGGGAACGUCUCGAGAGUUAUUGUUCUCUGGAGAACUCAAGGAGAAGUAGGCUGAAGCUCAGGAAGCUUAUUAAGAAAUACAGUGAUCUGUUGCAGCAACCUGUGUUGCUUUUCUUCAACCAAGAGGCUGCAAAAAAGGGGAGCAAAAUACAAUCACUUCAAUCCGGUGCAGAAGAUAGGUUUGAUUGGUUUACUGACUGGAGAAAAAGUGUACUAAGUGUGCUGCAAAAUUUGUACCCGAAUGGAACUCCUGAAUCCAAGCUAUCAUUCCCGAGUUUAAAAAGUGCUGAAGAUUUGAUUACUGUAAUUCAGCAAUCAGAAUCUCAAUCGCAGUCUCUUUCUUAUCAAGAAGAAUGGAAAUCUUUAAGUUGCACAGUUGAAAGAAUAUACCAAAGAGCAAGCUAUUGUGACGUUAUUUGGAAGGAAUCAAAAAAGAGCCAAGGGAAGCGGAGGGCCUUGUCUGAACUUCUGAAGCUUUUGGAAACUAGUGGUUUGUCAAGGCAUAAGUCUAUUUAUUUGGAGGAGAAUUCUAAAUCCUGGUGGUUCCUUCAGCAAUCAGAUGACAUUCAGUAUUUACUUCUGUCUCAAAGUAGACUGUCCCGUGGAGUUUCAGACGAUACUCCUUCCAGUGAUGUACAAGAAUUUCAGAAUUUAGGAUUAGGUGCAAAAAGAAGUGAUGCCAUUGAAUACUACUUCAAGAGUGUAAAAGCAGUGUUGCUCUUGCAGCAGACUUGCUUGAACUCUCAUAAAGAUGUUACACGCGAGCAGGUGGAGCAGUCAUGCUCUUUUCUGAACCAACUUAUUGUAAUACAGCAAAAGCAACACACUAUUACUGAUCACUUUGCUAAGCAUUUGAAUCACUUGAAAAGUUGUCUAUCACUUUUGGAAAAGUUGUACUCCAGUUCUAAGGAUUCCAGUGCUCGGAAUGGUUAUGAAAGCAGAAUUAGUUGUAAUCAGGAACUCGUAUAUAGAUGCUUGUGGCAGCAGAAGAAAAUCUUUGACAGUUUGAGUAUAAUGGCUCAAGAAGAAUUAAUCUUGCUAAAAUCCUUCAAAAAUGUGCAUUUGAAGUCCUGCCGAAGCAUCGAAUCUGAAGAAAAUUGGAUUGUUGAAGCAAUAGAGACAUUUUUGCCUGGGUUCAGGAAGUCAAAGGAAUGCCUUGAUAAUUGCCUUCUUGGCCAGAAGGAAGUUAUAUCAACGCCUGCUAGUUUCUUGCAACCAUAUGUUGUUACAGAACAAAUGAAAGAACUUAUCAUUCAGAAUUUUGAAGUUAUCAAUAUCUUCAGGGAGCAUCACUCUGAUUUGUCCAAGCGUCUUGCUAAUCGAAGAUCAAUUGAGAAUAUUCUGCUUGGUCAUUUUGAUGAAGUAUUUGAGAAGUCGAGUCUUGUUGAGGAAGAGUUCAGAUCCGGUCUGGCAGCAGAGAGUAGUAUUAGAAAUGGUGAAAACUUUUCCGAGAUUUGUAGCAGAUUUAAUGAAGCUCUUCAGGACAUUUUUGGACAUAUUUUCAGCUCAUUGGAAAAUUUUAUUUCGUCCUGCUCGGAUCAUAGUCUUCCAGAAGAAAAGAUAGGGAAUGUUACUUCCUGGGAACCUUUAUUGGGCUUGUGUAUGAAAAAUUUGAGCUUGGACACUUUAUGUGAUAAGCUUCUCAAUACAGUCUCUUACGCUGAUAAAUUGCUUUAUGCUUCUGGUAUGAAAGCCAAGGGCAAUUCCCUCUCUGAAGAUCGCAUGUUGUCAUUGCAAGUGGGCACAUAUUUUAAGCAAUUACAUGUACUUUUAGACUUGAUAAAGAAUAUUGGUGAGCAUCUACUACAAGAUGUUCUCGACUUCAAUUGCUCGGUAUCAGUAACAACCAAUGUGCUAGCAACAGUUUUGACUAAUUUGUAUUCAGAAGGAUUUGGCCUUCCUACUGAAAAUCCGGACAAUGAUGUUACUGAUAGAAAAGAUCAAGAUGUGAGUGGAACUGGCAUGGGGGAGGGUGCAGGAUUAAAUGAUGUGAGUGACCAGAUGAUUGAUGAGGAUCAGCUGCUUGGUGCUAAUGAGAAGGCAAGUGACCUGGAUGCUCCAACCGAAACCCCAAGUAAAAGUGAUAAAGGUAUUGAAAUGGAGCAAGAUUUUGAUGCUGAAACAUUUAGUGUUAGCGAGGAUUCUGAGGACGACAAUGAAGCUGAGGGAGAUGAACAAUUGGAGUCCAUCCUGGGAGAAGCUGGAGCCGAAAGUGAAGUAGUUGAUGAGAAAAUGUGGAAUAAGGAGGAAGAUGAAUGUCUUAUUAAUGAGAAUGAAAAAGUUGGAUCAGGGCCUCCAGUUGAGAAUGAGGAUGUCGGCUCUUGUGAACUUAGAGCCAAUGAUGAACUUUCUGCUUCUGCAGAUGAAAGUUGUGAGACAGACAUUAAUGAGCAAAAAGAAAGCAAUGGUGAAGGUGAAAAUGAUAGUGACCCUUCUGAUGGAGAGGAACAUGAGAACAUGAAUUUUGAUCAUGAGCAAGAAGUGGCUGAACCAUCAGAAUUGAAACAUGAAGAGUCAAAUGAAUGCUCAGAUCUGGAGAUGGAUGAAAAAGAGGAUGCAUCUUCUGUGCAAGAUAAUCUUGACGAGGAUGAAAAUUCUACCGAGAAUGGGAAUAUCGAGGAGAAUGUGACAGAUCCAAUACAUGAAAAUAUGACUGAAGCUGAGACAGAGCGUGAAACCUCUGAAAUGGACAUUGAGGGUGGUGAUCGUGAGGAAAAUAAUCAGCUGAAUGCAAUGGCCCCGAGAAAUGAUGCAUCAGAUGCAGGUGAAAAUGUGCAAAAUGCAGAAUCUGCUACACAACCAAAUGGUGGUUUGCAGUCAUCAGACUCGAGAAAAAUUGACCUGGAGAAAAGCUCGUCUAGAAGUAAUGAAAUACAAAAUGAUGGUGCUUCAUCAAGAAGCAUGCCUAGUGGUGAUGCUUCUGAGACUGAUAUCUUGGCAGCAGAUUCAUCGAGUGGUGGGAGAUUCACCGAUGAUCCUUUAAUUACUCAAUUGCCUCAGCCUGAAGCAUCAUCUUUUCAGAAAAUGCAACCAAAUCCUUACCGUAAUGUUGGUGAUGCACUAAAUACCUGGAAGGAAAGAGCAAGAGUUUCUGUCGAUCUCCAGGCAAAUAAUGAAGAUGUACCAGACGAGAUGGAGGACCAAGAUGCAGAAGAGUAUGGGUUUGUUUCUGAAUUGGAAAAGGGUUCUGCACAGGCAAUGGGACCCGCAACAUCUGAGCAGAUUGAUACCGAUGCCAAUGGUAAUAACUUCGACAAAGAUAGUACUGCUGCCUUGAAGUCUGACAUCUCUGAGCCAAUGGAGUCUGAGAGACAAAAUCUUGAAACUCGUGAUUCUAGUCGUGCCUCCAUUCAUAAAAGUGUAGCAGAUCAUCCCCUGCCUGUUUCAAAUUUGAACAAUCUAACUGAGGAGGAAUCUCAAGAACAUCGUCACACUGAAGAUGGUGAUUCAACACCCAUUUCAGAUAAUUUGGUAUCUGUCAAUAGAACUUACUUGAAUGAGCCAAUGCGUAAAUUUGAAAAGCUCUCCGUGAGUGAUGAUGAAUUGGGGAAAGUGAACAAUACUGAAGUAGUAUCUAGUGAGGUUAAAGAUAAUGCAACCGUUCUCUGGAGGAAAUAUGAACUGCGCACAACUAGGUUAUCUCAGGAGUUGGCUGAACAACUGCGUCUUGUUAUGGAGCCAACUCUUGCCAGCAAGCUCCAGGGGGAUUACAAAACUGGCAAAAGGAUCAAUAUGAAAAAGGUCAUUCCCUAUAUAGCAAGUCAUUAUCGUAAAGAUAAGAUUUGGAUGAGAAGGACAAGGCCAAACAAACGUGAUUACCAAAUUGUUAUUGCCGUGGACGAUUCCCAGAGCAUGUCUGAAAGUUGUUGUGGAGAUAUUGCUAUUGAAGCUUUAGUGACCGUAUGCCGUGCCAUGUCCCAACUAGAAAUGGGAAGCUUAGCAGUUGCAAGCUUUGGGAAGAAGGGAAACAUAAGGUUACUGCAUGAUUUUGAUCAAUCAUUCACAGCGGAGGCUGGUGUUCAGAUGAUCUCCAAUUUAACAUUCAAACAAGAGAAUAGCAUCACUGACGAACCUGUUGUUGACCUAUUGAAAUAUCUCAAUGACACAAUGGAUAAUGCAGCCACCAAAGCCCGUCUUCCAUCUGGAUACAAUCCCUUACAGCAGCUUGUUUUAAUCAUUGCAGAUGGACGAUUUCAUGAGAAGGAUAAAUUGAAACGUUAUGUGAGGGAUCUUCUAAGUCGGAAACGUAUGGUUGCAUUUUUGCUUCUUGAUAGUCCGCAGGAAUCCAUCAUGGAACUCAUGGAAGCUUCUUUUGAUGGUGGAAAUAUUAAAUUCUCAAAGUAUUUGGAUUCCUUUCCUUUCCCAUAUUACAUAAUUCUAAGGAAUAUUGAAGCACUUCCCAGGACCCUUGGAGAUCUACUGAGACAGUGGUUUGAGCUUAUGCAAAAUGCCGGGGACUAA